CUCCCAGGAGUGUCAGAGGACAUGAGUCCACUUGUUUAUAGCCAGGCAGGGAAGGGUGGGGGCAUUUUGACUACAUAUUAUUAAACCACGUAUUUUCAGGAGUCUGUUCUGUUAACCAAGCUGGACAGCGAUCAGCAUCUACUAGACGUGCCAGCUGGCAAUCGAUGUGCUUCCCGGCUCCUUUCUAAAAGGAUCGUCGUGUCGCCAUUUUUAUUGGUGUAGUACCUCCUUUAUCGAUUCCACCUCAGAUUUGCACGUAAUUGCACUUGCAUACAAGAUUCUCUGUAAACCACCCGUUUAGAAUUUUGCUGUGAUCUUUAAUUGCUUCUUUUUUUCCAACAUAUACGUAACGUCGACUCUCGGUUCCAUCUUAAUUUCAGAGAAACGUACUUGAAAAAGAGAAAAAUGACGCCGCCGCCCUUUAUUUUUUCAUACAUGCCUUAUUUGAAACAUAAAAUUACUGUGAGCCGUAAAUGAGGAACCGGGUGAGAUCUGGAGAAUCAAGAAGAGGAGAUCCAAAUAAAAAUUGUCAUUAAAGUGUAAGGAAGAACAAUCAUCUAAAGUUCAAAAAGAGAGCAUGGCAGUUGAAAACUCUGCUUUUGCUUCAAUCCCAGAAGCACUAACCACCCCUCUUUUUGAAAAAGAGGCAGGAAUUGAAGAGAAAGAAGAUGAGCCAGAGACCAUGCCAAGUUUCACCACAGAAUCAGUUUGUCUGAGUGGCAGUUUGGAGGGAGUAUUUACCACUGAUACCACUGACAUAUUCCAGAAAUCCUGCAACAACAACCGUUCUCUUCAGUCCAAACUUGCAGCAAAAGAGGCAGAGGCUGCAGCCAGAAGUCAAAGAAAGAAGGCGGGUCAAGGGACAAGCUCAGGGUGGGACAAAGGGCGCUGUGGUUUGGGCCGUGUGAAGAGACGUCGUCAGAGAUACGUAGAGAAGAAUGGUCGCUGCAAUGUUCAGCAUGGCAAUGUGCGGGAGACUUACCGCUACUUGACUGAUAUUUUCACAACUUUGGUCGAUCUCAAUUGGCGUUGCUCUCUGUUUGUCUUCGUCAUGGCCUAUGCAGUCACAUGGCUUUUCUUUGGGGCUAUCUGGUGGCUAAUUGCUUACUGCAGAGGAGAUUUGGAGCACCUGGAAGAUGAAACGUGGACUCCUUGUGUUAACAAUGUAAAUGGAUUUGUCUCUGCUUUCCUCUUCUCCAUUGAGACAGAAACUACAAUAGGCUACGGGCACAGAGUUAUCACUGAUCAGUGUCCAGAGGGCACAGUGUUACUUCUACUGCAGGCCAUUCUGGGCUCAAUGGUCAAUGCAUUCAUGGUUGGCUGCAUGUUUGUAAAGAUCUCACAGCCAAACAAGAGGGCAGAGACUCUGGUCUUCUCACGGAAUGCAGUUAUUUCUUUACGGGAUGAUAAACUUUGCUUGAUGUUCCGGGUUGGAGAUCUGCGCAGCUCACACAUCGUUGGAGCCAACAUCCGGGCCAAACUUAUUAAGUCCAAGCAGACUCAGGAAGGAGAGUUUAUUCCCCUUGAUCAGACUGAUAUCAGUGUUGGGUUUGAGACUGGCGAUGACAGGCUGUUUCUUGUUUCUCCGCUGGUGAUAUCACAUGAGAUAGACCCAAGGUCGCCUUUCUGGGAUGUCUCCCAGGCUCAGCUGGAGAAAGAUGACUUUGAGAUUGUAGUCAUCCUGGAAGGAAUGGUCGAGGCAACAGGAAUGACCUGUCAGGCCCGGAGCUCUUAUCUAGCAGAAGAAGUGUUGUGGGGCCACCGUUUCACACCAAUGAUGUCACUAGCAGAUGGAUUCUUUGAUGUUGACUACAGUGCUUUCCACCAAACCUUUGAGGUGGACACUCCAUCUUGUUCUGCCCGGGAGUUGUCACUUGCUGCUGCCCGUUUGGAAGCCCACCUGUACUGGUCUAUUUCUAGCCAGCUGGAUGAACCAAAGUGGGAUAGGCCAGGAAUAGGGCUGAACCUAAUUGGGUUUUCUGGGACUAACAGCUCAGCAAAUGGAAAAAAGGGGACUGGACUAACAGGAUUGUCAGGAUUACCGGGGACCAAAACUAAGGAGAGGAAGGAAGAAUUUGGACAGGAUGAAAGAAAUGGUAGUUUGACCACAGAACCCUCAGAAAGUGAAACAUUGGGAAUGGAAAAUAAAAAUUAAAAGUUUGAGAGAUGAUGUGUUGGUAAGAAACUUGUUGUCAGCUAAGAAGAGGCAAAGAAAUGAAAGGAAACGAGAAUGUGAAUGUGUGAAAAAAUAAGGGUGAAUUAACUUUAUGUAUGUCAAAGCGCAUUCAUAUUUUUUUAACUGUUAAAGCCUUUUUUGUAGAUAGAUAGGAUUCACAGAGAGGAGUAUAGGCAUUAUUUAAUGUAUAUACACACUGUAUUUAGAAGGUGGCUUGAAAAAGAUAGAUAGAUAGAUAGAUAGAUAGAUAGAUAGAUAGAUAGAUAGAUAGAUAGAUAGAUAGAUAGAUAGAUAGAUAGAUAGAUAGAUAGAUAGAUAGAUAGAUAGAUAGAUAGAUAGAUAGAUAGAUAGAUAGAUAGAUAGAUAGAUAGAUAGAUAGGAAUGUUGAAUUUAGUAUGCAUUUAAAUAUGCAGCAAAAGAAGAAGAAUGUCUAACUCCCUAAGGCGCUAUAUGUGCUUUCUGUAGGGUAUUACCAUGUAGUCUAGCUCUGACUGAUACUUUCAUUGCUCUUUAGUCUGCUUUAUAGCUACGUGUGGCUUAUGAUCAUUGUAUAAUGCACCAUUGAGGUUGUGGCAGCAGGACAUAUCUCCUUGUCAUUUUUCCUCUGAAGAAUGCAAUACUGCAUUUUGUCAAAAGUGGUUGCCCACAUAGAGCUGCAAGCCAAUUUAUUAAGCAGAUAAAGGGAAAUUUCCUUCAUGUCUUGUGGCCUUAAUAGUUCAAGGAAGGGUUACUUCCUUGAAAUGAACACCAGUCCCCUGCUGUUUUUUCCUUCUCCCUAAUUGACAAUCUAGAUGUGUGAACAGGAAACACAGGAAACACUCAGCGCAUAGGAAUUUACUUCUACAAGCAAAAAUUAAGGUAAAUUCAGUGUUGAUAAAUUUUGGUUAUUACACUCUGUGUCUCUGUCCACAUUUCAAAUGACAGACUGCUCCCUGAGAUUGGCAGAAAUUAAAAAUAUCGUUCUUGCAUUAAUGUACUUGUAUCAUUUGUUGUUUCUGGUUGUAUUUAUAUAAAACAGAGGUGCCACUUGUCAGUAGUUGCAGAGAAGACCAUGCAUCUGUACUCAUUUGAACUGAGACACCAAACUCAAUAGAAUCAAAUCUCUGAAAGCAUGAUCUAUUAUAUGUCAGAGAACAAUCCUCUCUUUUUGGUUUGCCUUCAAACAACUAAUAGCACAUUUUUAAAUUUAUACAUAAUAUUGUUCACACCAAAUUGCUGAUUGUAGAACUUCCCAUACUGAAUGUAAGCCAUACUGUGACAACAUAUGUGGAUUCUGAAAUCCAUUCCUUGCUCAAUACAGUAGGAGUAAGUGCUACCAUGACUGGGUUCUGGUGGGUUUACUAAAACACAUGGUGCUCUGAUAGAAAGAAUGAUCAGCCCUCACCAAAAUCAUGGCAAUUAGAAACUAAAAGAUCAUGUUGUCCUCAGUAUGGGUUUGAUGAUGUGCUCCAAUUUAGGACUAAAUGAAUGGAGUCAGGAUGCUUACCUGUCCAAUAAAGAUCUAUCUAUCUUUGAUUUUUUUA